CCUAAGACGCAUGUUUACUCUGCCCUCACCGAAGCGCAGCGCGCCUGCCUGCGCGGAUGGAGCUCUCCCUUUUCAACUUGGAUACAGUUCUAUUCUUCACUCUUACCAAUUAAGUUUGGGCGAUUGCAGGUGCUGAAAGCAGACAGAGGGAAGAAGGGAACUGGAGGAAGAAAUGCGGUGACCAAAUGCGCACCGCCGUUUAAUGCGCGCCAGCGUCCGAUUAUUUACCACCUUACACCUCCGUCUAAUUAUACACUGUUAUGUAACAAAUUUCUUUGCUAAAUGACGAUAUGAUCAUCUGAAGUACUUUUUGAUUACUGUGAAUUCGGUCGGAUAUUGGGCAUUUGGUUCAAAAAGACGCGUUUGGAAUAUCGAGCCUCUCCAGGGGAGACGCAGCGCAGUCACCGGAGUUACAGGGAGCCGGGGGAGAGGAAUUUGGAAAGUGGCGCUCACGUUUGAGGAUUACCAAGCCUUUUUAUUCUGCAUAACACAGACGUCCAAUUUGAUGUCUGAAAAGAAACUUAGGUUGCCAUGAGUGAGGAGGAGGAGGGCCCUGGUGUUGCAACAUCAACGACACAGUCAGCAGCAACAACCUCCAAGGUAACAACAACAAUAGCCAAAAGCAGGGAUGCUGUUGUUUCAUCCUCGUCCCCCUGCUGGUCCUCUCCUUGUUACCACCUGUAUCCUGAGGAAAAAAAGGCAGAAAAGGAGGAGAAAGGGAUCAUUAAGGAAGAGAGGAUCAAGGAAGAAGAAAAGGAGCUGAAGGAAGUGGAGGAGCGUGAAGGUGAUGAUGAAGAGGAGGAUGAUGAUGACAGCAGCAGCGAUACCAGUGUGUUAGUUGUGCCCCAUCCUGAGCUGGUGCCUGUGGUCUUCUUCUGUCUGAAACAGACAACCUGCCCCCGCAGCUUGUGCAUCCGUAUGGUCUGCAGUCCAUGGUUCGAGCGUGUCAGCAUGAUGGUAAUCCUGCUCAACUGCGUGACCCUUGGGAUGUACCAGCCCUGCGAAAACAUCGACUGCUCCUCAGACCGGUGCCAAAUAUUACAGGCCUUUGAUGCGUUCAUCUACAUCUUCUUUGCUAUGGAGAUGGUUAUAAAGAUGGUUGCUCUGGGAAUAUUUGGGCGGCGCUGUUACCUUGGGGACACAUGGAACCGUCUGGAUUUCUUCAUCGUCAUGGCAGGGAUGGUUGAAUACUCUCUGGAUUUGCAGAACAUCAACUUUACAGCCAUCAGAACUGUGAGGGUGCUGCGGCCUCUCAAGGCGAUUAACAGGGUGCCAAGUAUGCGUAUCCUGGUGAACCUGCUGCUCGACACUCUGCCCAUGCUUGGCAAUGUGCUCCUCCUCUGCUUUUUUGUUUUCUUCAUAUUUGGCAUCAUUGGAGUACAGCUGUGGGCGGGGCUGCUCAGGAACCGUUGCUACCCUGAAGAGAAUUUCACACUCACCACGGGUAUCAGUCUCCCUAGACCUUACUACAUGGCUGAUGAAGAUGAUGAGCGGCCUUUCAUUUGCUCCUUGCCUGUUGACAACGGCAUCAUGUCCUGCUUGGAUGUCCCAGCCCGUCGUGAAGGAGGCAGAGCCUGUUGUUUGGAUAAAGAGGACGUUUUCUACCGCCAGUCCAUUGGAUUGAGUCCUGAACCUCUGAGCAAUGGGAGUAUCAGUGUAGCUGGCCUGUGUGUCAACUGGAACCAGUAUUACACCCGAUGUCAUACUGGGAGCAGUAACCCACACAAAGGUGCUAUCAAUUUUGAUAACAUUGCCUAUGCCUGGAUUGUCAUAUUUCAGGUGAUUACUCUGGAGGGAUGGGUGGAAAUUAUGUACUAUGUUAUGGAUGCGCACUCUUUCUACAACUUUAUCUACUUCAUCCUGUUGAUAAUAGUUGGAUCCUUUUUCAUGAUCAACCUGUGCCUUGUCGUCAUUGCAACCCAGUUUUCAGAGACGAAGCAGCGGGAGCAUCAGUUAAUGCAGGAGCAGCGAGCUCGGUGCUCAUCCUCUUCGACGCUGGCCAGUGAGCCAGGAGAUUGUUAUGAAGAGCUCUUCCAGUUGGUUUGCCACUGCCUCCGCAAGGGCCGGAGACAGACCAUUGCAUUUUUUAACAACUUAAGAGGUAAACCUCGUGGAUUCCAAGGUGUUGGGAGAGGAAGACGUGGAGGGGUAGAGAGAGAAGGGAAGGUUAAAAGAAGAGAAGAACGUGAGAGAAGACUAGUGUCAAGGCCUGCUCAUCCAUGCCCUCAUCAUCAUAAAGCAGACAACACUUCGGCAGCUGAGCCUGUAGCCCUGACUGCUACCUCGAAUGUUGAUGGUUGUCCCCGGUGUGCUGCAGCUCUAAAACUAAAAGAUGGAGUUGGAUCUCUAUGUGUAGCUGGAAAUGAAACAGAAGAGGGAACCAGGGAGAAAAGUGAUGAAGAUAAGCAAAAACAAGGAAACCAAAACAAGGACAGAAAAAAACAGAGUAGUGGGGAGAACCAUAUAGGUUGUAGUCCAAAGAAACAGUGUAAAGAACUUUGGCAGCAGACAAGGAAGAAGUUAUGGGGCAUUGUAGAGAGCAAGUACUUUAACCGUGGCAUCAUGAUCGCCAUCCUAAUCAACACCAUCAGCAUGGGGAUUGAGCACCACGAGCAGCCAGAUGAGCUCACCAAUGUACUAGAAAUCUGCAACAUUGUUUUCACCAGCAUGUUUUCCCUGGAGAUGAUCCUAAAGUUAACUGCUUUUGGCUCUUUCAAUUACUUGCGAAACCCCUACAAUGUCUUCGAUGGAAUCAUCGUCAUUAUAAGUGUUUGUGAGAUUGUUGGCCAGUCGGAUGGUGGUUUAUCUGUGCUAAGGACAUUCCGGCUGUUGAGGGUGCUGAAGCUGGUGAGGUUCAUGCCGGCUCUCAGGAGACAGCUUGUCGUUCUAAUGAAGACUAUGGACAAUGUGGCCACCUUUUGUAUGUUACUAAUGCUCUUCAUCUUCAUAUUCAGUAUUCUCGGGAUGCACAUCUUUGGCUGUAAAUUCAGUCUAAAGACAGAGACUGGGGAUACAGUACCAGACAGGAAGAACUUUGACUCUUUGCUGUGGGCUAUUGUCACUGUUUUCCAGAUUCUGACUCAGGAGGAUUGGAAUGCGGUUUUGUACAACGGCAUGGCAGCUACCUCACCACUUGCUGCUCUUUACUUUGUGGCGCUCAUGACAUUUGGAAACUAUGUCCUGUUUAAUCUACUAGUGGCCAUUUUGGUUGAAGGGUUUCAGGCAGAGGGUGAUGCGAAUCGCUCCUACUCUGAUGAUGACCACUCUUCUUCAAACUAUGAUGAGAGUGAGAAACGUGACUCAAUAAAGCUGUCUGAUCCGAGGAUUUGUACUCUAACACCAAACGGUCACCUGGAGCUUGGUGCCCUCUAUGGCUCCAGGGGAUCCUAUUCUUCAGAGAAGCAGAGCUUCACCAAUGAAUCCAGAAAGAGCAGCCUAAUGAGUCUGGGGAAGAGCAGCAUGGAGAGACGCUCCCUUUCUCUGCGUCAUGGUCGCAGUUCCAACUACCACAACUGGGGCCGUCCUUUUCCUCCACAGUCUGUAUGGAGUCGCAGGUCUAGCUCAAACAGCCUUGGGAGGAGGAGCUAUGGCUCUGGUGGAGUACCUCCAGUUGGAGGCAGCCUGCGCGUCCGCAGUACCCGCUCCCCCUAUUCCUACAACCAUGCUUCAGAGCAAGAGUCCCUUCUCUCGCACCCUGUGCACUCCCAUCAUCCUCUCCCACCCUCUUUGUUCCUCUCCAAACAUUUUGGUGCAAGAGGGGAUCGAAGGGCUCUUUCACUGGAACUCCCAGAGUUGCUCCGCACAGGUGGACAAGCUCCAGGACUGCCACCAACACAGAUUAAAGAUCAUGGAAGAAAGAAUGGUUCUGGGGCAGUAGGCAGUCUCAUGGGAGGCUCGGGAGUUGGUAGUGGUUUAGGCCUUGAACACAGGGACUGUAAUGGAAAAGCAUCAGGUCAUCACAAUCAUCUGAUAACUGAUGUCUUCCCCCAAGUCAAUGCACGCAAGGACAGGACAGAUCUAGAUGAAGAAACAGACUAUAGUUGGUGCUUUCGUAUUCAGAAGAUGAUGGAGGUAUACAAGCCAGACUGGUGUGAAACUAGAGAGAACUGGUCUGUCUAUCUUUUCUCUCCACAAAAUAAGUUCAGGCUUCUCUGUCAAUCCAUAAUUGCUCAUAAGCUUUUUGACUACAUAGUCCUGGUCUUUAUCUUCCUCAACUGCAUCACAGUGGCUCUGGAGAGGCCUAGGAUUCUUCAAGGAAGCCUGGAAAGGCUGUUACUUACACUUUCAAACUACAUAUUCACGGCCAUCUUUGUUGCAGAAAUGACAGUCAAGGUUGUGUCCAUGGGUCUAUAUCUCGGGGAAACAGCAUAUCUGAGGAGCAGCUGGAACAUCCUGGAUGGUUUUCUGGUGUUUGUGUCUCUCAUUGAUAUUGUAGUGUCAAUGGCAGGAGGUGCUAAGAUUCUGGGGGUUCUCCGUGUACUCCGGCUGCUGCGGACACUCCGACCUCUUAGGGUUAUCAGCAGGGCUCCAGGACUGAAGCUGGUGGUAGAGACACUAAUUACUUCUCUGAAACCCAUUGGCAACAUUGUUCUUAUUUGCUGUGCCUUUUUCAUCAUCUUUGGGAUUCUUGGAGUUCAGCUCUUCAAAGGCAAGUUCUACUACUGUGUGGGUUUUGAUGUGAAGAACAUCACUAAUAAAUCGGACUGCCUUGCUGCCAACUACCGAUGGGUUCAUCAUAAAUACAACUUUGACAACCUUGGACAGGCUCUUAUGUCAUUAUUUGUGCUGGCAUCAAAAGACGGCUGGGUUAACAUUAUGUACCAUGGAUUAGAUGCAGUGGGAAUCGACCAGCAGCCGGUGACCAACAACAAUCCGUGGAUGCUGCUGUACUUCAUAUCUUUCCUCUUGAUUGUCAGCUUUUUCGUCCUCAAUAUGUUUGUGGGUGUGGUGGUGGAGAAUUUCCACAAGUGUCGGCAGCAUCAGGAAGUGGAGGAGGCAAGGCGUAGAGAAGAAAAGCGCCAACGUCGCAUGGAAAAGAAGAGGAGAAAGGCACAGAAACUGCCAUACUAUUCUUCUUAUGGCCGUACCCGCCUGGCCAUCCAUGCUCUGUGUACCAGCCACUACCUGGACUUAGUAAUCACCUUCAUUAUAUGCAUUAAUGUCAUCACUAUGUCCCUGGAGCACUACAGCCAGCCACAGUCACUUGAGACUGCCCUCAAGUAUUGCAACUACUUCUUCACCUCUACCUUUGUGAUUGAGGCGUCUCUCAAGCUAGUGGCAUUUGGCUUCCGGCGCUUCUUCAAGGACAGGUGGAAUCAGCUGGACUUGGCAAUAGUCCUCUUGUCUGUAAUGGGCAUCACUCUGGAGGAGAUUGAAAUCAACGCCUCUCUUCCGAUCAAUCCGACCAUCAUCAGGAUCAUGAGGGUGCUCAGAAUAGCACGAGUGCUGAAAUUACUGAAAAUGGCAACAGGCAUGAGGGCCCUACUUGACACAGUGGUCCAGGCUCUACCUCAGGUGGGAAACCUAGGACUGCUAUUCAUGUUGCUGUUUUUUAUAUAUGCUGCUCUUGGAGUAGAGCUAUUUGGAGAGCUUGUUUGCAAUGCUGACUACCCUUGUGAGGGAAUGAGCCGCCAUGCUACAUUUGAAAACUUUGGAAUGGCCUUUCUUACUCUCUUCCAAGUAUCAACAGGUGACAACUGGAAUGGCAUCAUGAAGGAUACUCUGAGGGAAUGCCCACCAGAACAUCCUGGCACAGACUAUGGCUGCCAUGCUGGACUGCAGUUCAUCUCUCCAUUGUACUUUGUGUCAUUCGUGCUCACAGCUCAGUUUGUCCUGAUAAAUGUGGUUGUUGCUGUGCUUAUGAAACACCUGGAUGACUCUAACAAGGAAGCGCAAGAAGAUGCAGAGAUGGAUGCAGAAAUUGAAUUAGAGCUGGCUCAAGGGGGCCUCUGCUGCAUGAUGGGUGGAAUCGGAGCCAUUGCCGGAGCUACAGGUGGGGCUGCAGCUGGGACAGGCAUAAGCGGAGCUUCAACUGGGACUGUUACAGGAGGACCAGUCGGUUGUACAAGUAGUGCAGUAAUUGCUCCACUGCGAGAUGGAGGAGGAGGUUGCUCAAUUAAUGAUGGCCACAUUCAUCCUCGAUGUCGGCUCUACUCUCCUUCACAAGAGAGCCAGUGGCUGGACAGUGUGUCCCUGCUGAUUAAGGACUCAUUGGAAGGAGACAUGAUUGACAACCUCUCUGGGUCAGUUUUCCACCACUACUGCUCUUCCCCUGUCUGCAAGGACUGCAAAAGUCACCCACAGGAGAUCCGAUUGGCAGAGGUGGAAGCGGCAUCACUGAUGUCAGAACAGCUGUCAGACAAAUCCUCAUCUCCAGUGUUACCUGAUGACCUUAGCCUGGAUGAACACAGCAGCUACCAGCUGCUUGUCACAGAGAGUCAGAGGGAUUGCAGUGACUCCAACAGUUCGGAGGAGUUGCUCACACAGGAGGUCUGCAGAAGACCUCACCUCUCCAGUUCAGGGAGUAAUGGUGGCGUUCAGGAGUGCAAGGAUUCUAUUCAUCCACUUCUAAUUCCUCCUUUGCCAGAGCGGCGAACCUCAGCACAUGAAAAAGAAGGUGAUGAAAAAAGAUGCAGUGGAUCCGGUGAUGUCACUUCAGCCAUACUUCACCUACCAGCAGAUUUUUUCCAUCCAGCUGCCGCAGCACAUUCAGAUAGUCAUGGGGACAGAACAAUUCCUAAAGACACAGGCCCAGCCAUGCUUGCCACCCCAGCCUCCUGGGCCUCCCUGCGCUCUCCUGGAGCUAAUAACAAGCCUUUGAGCUCUCAGAAUCCAUCCCAGAGUGACUCGUCCUUGGCCACGGGCAGUUCAGAUGGCAGCCUGCAGGCAACGCUGGAUGAAAGGCUCGGCCUUGGCAUCUGCCCACCUCAACACCUAAGUCUCCCUGUGCCUCUCCUCUGCCCUGUCCCCAGCCUUGUGUUACACCCUCGAGAAACACAAAAAGCAAACCAGGGGUCGCCAUUGCUAAAUAGACGGAGCUCUGCUCUUACUUUGCAUGCGACUCGCAGGAAACAGAGGAGUCAGAGCAGCAGCGGCGGUGGAAGCACCAGCCCGGGAUUCACCCAACAGGACUCCAUGGACCCUUCAGAUGAAGAGGCAGGGACAGGAAGGGAUGGCUGCCACCAAGCCCUCUACAACGAACAUUUGUCAGAAACACUGAACAGUCUCUCUCUGACAUCGCUGCUAACACCAUGCACAAUGGCUCCCACAAUGAUAAAGAAAUGUAACAGCACGGGCUCUCUAGAUCAGUCAAAUCUAUCUGCCCGAGGUAAAGAUGGCCGACACUUAUGUGCCAUAGAUGCUCAUGGUUUCUUGUCCAACCCCUGGACUGAGGGAAGGGGAAAAGGUCCAGGCGAGGACAGUUAUAUGACAGGUUUUAGCAGGAAAACCAGCACUCGACAAAACAACACAAGCUUUAGGAAAAAAAGAUGAAACGCCUGUUGCCCUUUUGUUGUGGCAUAGUUAAAAAAUAUGAAUUUCUUCUGUUUGAACAGAAUAUGGGGAGACUUAUUGAUAUGUGUCUUGUGAAAUUAUUCUUCAACUUUGUAUAGUGAUCUGUUGUAUUGCUUUUCUCCUCAGAUUCGGAUUCAUAAGAUCAGUAAUUUCCUAAACGAGGGCUGUUUUUCCCUUAUUGCACAGGACUUGGUCACUGUUGAGGGAUUUUAACAUUGAUUGCAAGCUGAUUGACCUUUUAGCACAGCCAUGAUUUGGCUUAGAACUACGCCAGUCCUGGGCUUCAAAUCUGAAUAAUCCUGAUUGGACAUUUAAAAACACAACUCGAGAAAAGAGGUCUGAAUGGGCAGUGAUUGGCAAAUAUUACUAAUGCGACAUUAAAUCAUAAGAUACUGGGUUUGCUUGACCCUAUGUGCCCUCAUCCUUGUGCAAAAACAAAACAUAUUUUACAUGGCUGUUGACAACACAUGGAGCUCCUUCUUGAGGAUAAAAACUGAACUCUGUAUAGCUAGUCUUUUAGGUUUUUUUUAUAUCCAUGGAUAAAUGUAGCAUUCAAUUUUUCAUUUUUUCUGUCAAUUUUGUAGGUUAAGAAAUAUCUUUUUUUGUUUUUAUCAUAAUUCUUCAUAUUUCAAGAAGUAUCCGUCUCCAUUUGUGGAAACUAGAAAGAAGAGAUAUGAGGAAGCAUGUCUGGAGCCUGACAAACCUCAGAUUGAUUAAGUGACUCAGUAAAAUGAAAUAAUCCAUGAAUGCUGCUGAGAGUUAAAGUGAGGAGUGGGUGGAAGCAUUGUUCACUUUAGGAGAACUUUUCCUUUCAAGUGCAUAUGAAGGGCUAUAAUGUACUGAGUGCAGACCUGGGCUAAAUACUGUUGUUAAAUGAUACCUUAUUUAGUUUUAUUUAAAAUAUACACUGCCUGACCUAAAAAAUGACACCUUUAUUUACCUAAGCAAAUAGGUAUCAGCCUCCCAUUGGAUAUUUACUGAAGGGGUGAUUAUGUUUCAACAGACAACAAGUAUUUUAAACUCAACUGAUGUAUCUGGUCUCGUUUAAAAAAAAAACCUGUUGAACGACACAUCCCCUGGACGUGGAAAAGAUAAUAGUCUGCUUCAGAAAGUCAUUGGCUGCCAUCAAGCAGAGAAAACAUAUAAGAGGAUUGCAGACACUCCCAAGCAAAAACUCCUUAAUGCAUUAUUAAACACUGAAAGGAUAGUGUGGACCCAUCGUCUCCAAGGAAAAAAAGGUACUUGAAAGAAAUCCUGAAUGAUCAUGAUCAGUGAUCACUUAGACGUUUGGUAAAAUCAAAUCAAAGAAAAAACAACAGUAGAACUCCGGCCUAACAGUGAAAGUAAUAGGAUUUCCACAUGCACAAUGUGAAUGGAACUCAAGUGAUUGGGACUUAACGGCUGUGUAGCCUUAAGAAAACCCCUUUUCAGUGGGGCUAACUAGAAUAAAAGGUUUCAUUUUGCUAGGGAGAAUUCAAAUUGUACUCUGGAGCAAUGGAAGAUCCUGUUCCAGAAUGAUGGGUGCAUUAGGGUAGGAAGAGACACAGGUGAAGUGAAGGUGCAUCCAUCAUGCCUAGUGCCUUCUAUACAAGCCUAUGAGGGCAGUGCUAUGGCCUGGAGUUGCUGCACUUGGUCAGGUCUGGGUUCAGCAACAGUAGGCGCUCAAACAAUGAGGUUGUCUGACUACUUAAAUAUUCUGAAUCAACAUUUUAUUUCAACAAUGGAUUUUUUCCCUCCCUGAAGACAAAGGGCAUAUCCCAUUAUGACAAUGGCAGGAAUCAUUGGGCUCAAACUGAGCCUGAGUGGUUCAGGGAGCAUAAGACACCAUUUUCACACAUGGACUGGCUACCACAGAGACCAGACCUUAAGCGCAUUGAGAAUCUUUGGGAUGUGCUGGAGAAGGCUUUGCACUACUAUUAGAACCUGCCAUGCAAGAUCUUGGUAAAAAAAAAAAAUGCAACACUGGAUGGAAACACUGAGUGGCAAUUUGACAUUGCAGAACUCUUUGAAAACAAUGCCACAACAAAUGCUGUCAUCAAAUCUAAAGGCAGGCCAACAAAUAUUAGCAUGUGACCUUUAUUUUGGCUGUGACUGUGUUUUUGGCAGGCAGUGUAGAUACUUUCAAUCACCAAAAAGAUAUUACUGAUGCAAACACAGAGACAGGGAAAAUAAAGACAUAAUUCUACCCAGACAAAAAAUGUUAACACCCCCAAAAUAUAAAAUAGUUUAAAAGUUAUUUCACCAUUUUUAUAUCACAAAGAUGCACACUUUGUCUGCAAGAAUACAAGAGGUUCCUGUUACUUGUUUAGGUUGUUUUUUUAUCGUCAUACCUGCGACAAGCUCACUGCGACACACUGCUGCGGGAGUAUAACCAGCCCUUUAGGGUACAAUCUUGUUUGCCAAGGGUUGUUUUAAAACGAACCAUUCCUAAUUCCAUUCCCCUUUUAGGAACAUCUUACAAAGACUUGACAACUACCUUAUUUUGAAAUGUGGUUAUGUGACAGGGCUGGCAGUUAGGAGAGGAAUCGUACUACAAUUGGAAAUCUGUUGAAUUAGAUCCUUCACCGCCAACCACUACAUGCCCUUGGGCAAUGCUCUUAAACCAAAGUUAUCGAACCAUACAGUGUGUAUUUUAAGUAAGGCAUGAGAAAAUGAGACCUAAAAUGUAUUAGUUAUUUGAUUGACUGGUGAUUUUAUAUACAUUUACUUUUAGUUUUUUUGCACCAGUCUAUUUUAAGAAUGAAAUGGAAUUCUUUGCCCGAACCAAUUCUAUAAAUAUUAAGCAAAAAUAAUUUAUGAUGAUUUCUAUAAUCUAGUCCUCUCAUUCAAAUAAUUCUUAAUGUGACACAAUGAAUAUCUGUCAAAAUACAUACAAAGAUUUGUUGUUUAAUACCUGACUACUUCAGAUUUAAAUCCUCUAUUUCAAAAUAAUGUGCUACAAUUGUUUUGGCCUGGCUUGGUUCAAUUCUUAGUGAGUGAGUAUAGUUAUAAGAGAAGCUAGUGAUUUUGCUAAAAAGGACUAAGACAGUUCUCCACUGUACUAUGGGGGAUAAAAAGCCUUAUAGCUCUCAUUCUCUCUCAAGUAUUACUGUAUUUGAAGAAUACCUGUCUGGUAAGGUGUGACACUACAGCACAAUAGGUUGAGUGACUUUGAUUAGGAGCAAGCUCAAAUAAAAGUUUUAGAAAAAACAUAAGAAACUAUGGGGAAGUAAAUCAAUUGAAACUUUAAAAUGAACAUUUAAGGAAACGUGUUUAAAAUGAUUUUGCCGAAUUGGAGACUGGUGCCAUUUUGGACAAUUGAUUAUUAUUGUUGUGUUAACUAGCCAUUACAGUUCCUGGUUGAAAGGAAUAAUAGACUAACAAGACUGUGAAAGAACAAUUAUAUGGUCCAACGAUGGCAACUACCAGAAUUGACAAAGACUCUCUGAUAGAAGGAAGGUUUAAGUCUGUGCCAUGACCCAGACGACUGAGAAUUUGUACAGGCAACCUCUGUUAUAAAACUUGGACAAGCAUUCUUACUUAUUUAUUGAAAUCCUUUGUUGCUUAGUUAUUUAAUUAUUUGACCCAGGUCUGCUGAGUGUAGCAUGUUUUCUAGAAAACAGUUGGCAAGCAAUGUUGGUGAAAUUGAUGUUGUGUUCUUUCACUGAGGACUUGAUACCAUGAUUUAAGAAUGACUGUCCAUAUAUUACGUUUGUGUUACAGUCCAUAAAUAUUCAACAAGGUAGACCUCAGGUGGAUAAAUGCACACAAAUUGUAUGUCAUACAUACAUCCACAUCACCCAUACCAAGAUGUUGAUAUCAACACUAUGCAGGAUUUAUUUCUGUUUAAGAAAAGACAGAGGAAACCCUCAGUGUUUAUGAUCCAUACUUUGUCUUCAUCCCCUUUAUUAAGUUAAGCCAAUCAUAUUACCUCCCUUCUGUGAGAAUAUUUCUAUGAGAAAGAUUGAGUAUUAAAUGACUACUCCACCUCUGUUUGAGAUAUGCAAUAUACUGCGAUGUGAUGAGGUACAGUUAGAUGUAUGAGAUUCAUAGAGAUAGGCAAUAUAAAGAGAGAAGAUUGUUAUUUAUGAAUGUAUGUAUUAGAAUAAAAUGUCACCAACAUUCAAAGGUCACCAAAAAGAAGAUUGUGUAUUCAUGUAUUCUGAAUUGUGUGUUGCAUUUCUCCACCAAUUUUAGCUUUAAAAGGCAUGUUUUGUUUUAUUUUAUUUUUGUAGUUUUCUUAAAUGUCAAUAUUAUGUCAUAAA